AACCAUGGAUUCUAUAUCUAUGGAGCCAACAGACCUCCUUGACUUGCAAGAUAUGAAUCAACUUAGAGUAAAAACGCAGGAUUUGGACAGUCCAGACGACGACAAAAUAUCUCUUAAAAGUGCAGGUGGUGCAAAUGGUGCAGCUGGUUCAAGUAGAGUGUAUUAUCCUAACAGCGAAGAAGACUGCGCCGCUUGUGGCUGCUACUACCCUUAUUAUCCCCAUGAUGUGUGUCGAACCAUAGAAAAGUGUACGAAAGCCUGCGAAGCAGUUUACGACAUAUUGUGCAUAGAUCCUCAAAUUCAGCAAGCUAUUAGGUGUUGGUUCUCUAGAACAUGUCAAACCAAUUGUUAUACCACAUUUGCGUAUACAACUAAGGCCAAAAGUCUCACCGCAAAAGCUAAAAAACUUGCCUUUAACAAUAACAACAACAACAACAAUAAUAAUGGUUGGGGUGGUAAUAACAAUAAUAAUAACAACAAUAACAAUGGUGGGGGUGGCAAUAACAAUAAUAAUAACAAUAAUAACAAUGGUUGGGGUGGUAAUAACAACAACAAUAACAACAAUAAUAAUGGUGGUGGUGGUGGUGGUGGUGGCGGUGGUGGUGUUGUGUGCUUUCUAUUUAUUUGUGGGUGAUUCUUUGAGAUUACAUUUACUGAGUGAUUCCUCUAUAUAGCGCUAAAUAAUUUUAAUUAUGCAGUAAUAAAUAAUAAUCCCCCGAAACACAAACAUAUUUGCAGUAAAACAUAUAUCUUAACAUUCGACCUGAAACUGUUUAACAUUCUAAAUAAAAUAAAAAAUUUUACUUCUUUUAUACAGUAUUACAAUAUCUUCCGAACUUUUACUAUAAUAAUAAGCUUGUGUUACGCACCACCACCGUUCACAUAGAGAUGCUGCAUUUGUUUGAUUUCGGUUCACAAGUGUGGUUCAAACCAGCCAACAAGCUGAGAAAAAUAAAGAUAAUAAUAAUAAAUAGACUUUUGUCGACACCCAUUAAGGUGCACUAAGAAAUUCUCACAAUAAUUAUAAUAAUUAAUAAUAAAAAUAAUAAUAAUUCGUUUAUUUGCUUAAAACAUGGUAUAACAAAGAUGUCAUAAGAGACGGUGCCAGUACAAACAUGUUUCGCAUAUAUUAAAUAGUAUGGAAAUGUUUAGUUACGAGUACAAUGUCAAUCAGACUACCAC